CUUCUUUUCCCGAGUCAGGCAGGGAUCUAGAAGACCCCAAGCGGAAUCUGCUAUUCUGGGUGGUCUCUCAGGAGCCUGACCAAAGAGCCCCCUUGCUAGAUGGAGGAGCAAUGCAGGAGAUCUAUUCCUCGCCAUCUCUUUGGGGUGGAGGGAACACGGUCUUCUUCCUGCAGCAUCUGGUGACCCUUGAGGAAGUGUCUGUGCAUUUCACCCAGGAGGAGUGGGCCCUGCUGGAUCUGGACCAAAGAGCCUUGUACAUCGAAGUCAUGUUGGAGAAUUGUGGGAACGUGGCCACUCUAGCAGGCAGUGGGUGGAAGAGGGAAGCAGAGGGAAAACCACACCAGAUCUCAUUGGAUGCAGCCAAAUUUACAACAAAGAAACAGCAAAGAAGAAAAACUGAAGUGGAACAGAAGAGGGGUAAUGAUUUCUCUGCUUCUCUGGGUGCUGAAUCCCGAGGCAUCCUCUCAGCCCAAGAAAAGAAUAUGUGCCCUGUGUGUGGGAAAAUAUUCACUUAUAAGUCAGUUUUUGAUACACACUGGAGAAUCCACACUAGGAAGAAGCCAUUUAAAUGCUUGGAGUGUGGAAAGAGCUUUACUCAAAGCACCACCCUUACGUUACAUAAGAGAACACACACAGGGGUGAAGCCGUAUGCCUGCCCAAAAUGCAGGAAGAAGUUCAGCCGUAGUUCAGCUCUCACAUUGCAUAAAAGAAUUCACAUGGGAGAAAAAACAUACAAAUGUUUAGACUGUGGAAAGAACUUCCGCUGGUACACAUACCUUACUCUACAUCAAAGAAUCCAUUCACAUACAUGCACUGAAAGUGGACAGAAUUUCAGUUGGAGGUGCACCUAUAGGUCUCAACCAAAAAUCCAUCUAGGAGAAAAACCAUAUAAAUGUACAGACUGUGGAAAGACUUUCAGAAAAAGAACAGAUUUGAAUUCCCAUCAAAGAAUUCACACAGGGGAAAAACCCUACAAAUGCUCAGAGUGCGGAAAGACUUUCAGAUGGAAUACCCAAUUUAGCUUACAUCAAAGAACACACACAGGGGAAGAACCAUAUAGAUGCUCCCAGUGUGGAAAGAGCUUCAGUCGGAGUACACAUCUCAGUUCACACCAAAGACUUCACACAGGGGAGAAACCAUAUAAAUGUCUUGAGUGUGGAAAGAACUUUAGCUGGAGUCGCAACCUGUUGUCCCAUCAAAAAAUCCACUUGGUAGAAAAACCAUAUAAAUGCUCAGAUUGUGAGAAGAGUUUUGGAAACAGAACAGAUCUGAAUUCCCAUCAAAGGAUACACACAGGGGAGAAACCUUAUAAAUGUUCAGAGUGUGGAGAAGCAUUCAGUUGGAGUACUCAGUUGUCUUCCCAUCGAAGAAUACAUACAGGGGAGGAGCGGUUCAAAUGCUCAGAAUGUGGGAAGAGUUUCAGCCGGAGCACAAGUCUUUCAUCUCACCAACGAAUCCACACAGGGGAGAAACCAUAUGAAUGCUUGCAGUGUGGAAAGAGCUUCAGUCGGAGCACGUAUCUGACCUCACACAAAAGGAUUCACACCGGGGAGAAACCUUACCAGUGCUCAGAAUGCGGAAGGGGUUUCAGUCAAAGCGCUCAUCUUGCUUCUCAUCAACGAAUCCACACGGGCGAGAAACCGUUUCAGUGUUCCGAGUGCGGGAGGAGCUUCGGUCAAAGGAGAAACCUUGCAUCCCAUCAGAAGAUCCAUACAGGGGACAAGCUGUAUCAGUGCUUGGUGUGUGGAAAGAGCUUCAUUCAGAGGAGAACUCUUAUUUCCCAUCAAAGAAUGCACACAACAGAGACUCCUGUGGAUCCUAAAAAGGCUCCCUGUAUACUGCAGACAGCAGAUGGAUCCUUUGUGGAAAGAAGGAUACCAGUGUGGCAUACUGUUUGGAUGGAUAUUGAAUUGAUGACUUUGGACCUUGUAUUGACUAUUCUAUUGGACUCUGUAUUUGUACCUCUGCCUGGCUCUACUUAUGUAAAGGAGAAACUUUUCACCUUAUGUGGGAGAGUGGAGGAAGCGCCGCACAUGCUCAAAAGCAUUUUGGCCUCACAGGAAGUGAAAAACGUUGCCGUUGGAGUCCUCGGAAAUGGCAUGGAAGGCAUUCUGGUCCCAAAACCUGAAUUGGAUCAGGCAGAGCUUGAACAGGGAUCCAUCAUUCUCACAGAGAAAAGAUCCAUCCUUCAGGUUUCACUCCUGGGGUGCAAUGGCCAUGGGCCAGUGUCUGAGAAGGAAAGAACGGAAGAAGAUGGAAGCACACUUAACAUAGAAAGUUCUGAACAAGUAGAACUAUCCAGGGAAUUGUUAAGAAAAACAAAUGGUGAAGUUCUCCAAAUUUCUGAGCAGAAUGGAAUUUUGGAAAAUGAGAGAACUGAAAGGCAGGAGAGGAUUCCUACAGAAAGGAGUCGAAGUAAACCCAUUCUUCAUGUGCUGAAUGAUAAGGACACCAGCAAGAAACAUUUGUUGUGCAGUGAGUGUGGGAAAAGCUUCAGCAACACCUCUAACCUGAUUGCUCAUGAGAGGAUCCACACAGGAAAGAAGCCAUACAAAUGCUCCGACUGUGGGAAGACAUUUGGGAAGAAAUCAACGCUCAUUACCCAUGAGAGAAUCCACACGGAGGAGAAACCAUACGAGUGUUCCAUCUGUGGGAGGAGCUUCAGCCAGACCUCCAGCCUCAUUGCCCACGAGAGAAUCCACACAGAAGAAAAGCCAUACGAGUGUUCAGAAUGUGGGAAGAGCUUCAGUUUGAAAUCGAGCCUGGUUGCUCAUGAAAGAAUCCACACAGGAGAGAAGCCGUACAAGUGUUCAGACUGUGGGAAAAGUUUCAGUCAGAAGUCUGCCCUCAUUGCACAUGUGAGAACACACAGAGGUGAGAAACCUUACACGUGCUCGGUAUGUGGGAAAUGCUUCAGCCAGAGCUCAAACCUUAUUGCGCAUGAAAGAAUCCACACAGGAGAGAAGCCGUACCAGUGUUCUGAUUGUGGGAGAAGCUUCAACUGCAGUUCCAGCCUUAUUAGACACCAGAGGAUUCACACUGAAGACAAACCAUAUGAGUGUUCAGACUGUGGGAAAAGCUUCAGUUGUAGUUCCAGCCUCAUUAGACAUCAGAGGACCCACACAGGAGAGAAGCCCUACGAAUGCACAGAUUGUGGCAAGACUUUCAGUGUGAGUUCUCAGCUUAGCAUACAUCAGAGGACCCACACAGGAGAGAAGCCAUACAAAUGCUCAGACUGUGGGAAAAGCUUCAGCGUGAGAUCGAGCCUCAGUGCCCACCAGAGGAUCCACACAGGCGAGAAACCUUAUAAAUGUACCGACUGUCCAAAGAGCGUCUACUUGAGAUCUAGUCUCAAUGCACACAAAAGAACCCAUGGAGGGAAAAAACCAUACGAUUGUGGAGACUGUGGGAAGAGCUUCACUUGCAGUUCCAACCUCAUUAGACACCAGAGGAUACAUACAGGUGAGAAACCGUACAAUUGUGCAGACUGUGGGAAAAGCUUCACUUUGAGUUCGAACCUUAUCGCCCAUCAGAGGACACAUACAGGAGAGAAGCCGUACCAGUGCUCAGACUGUGGAAAGUUCUUCAGCGUGAGUUCUCAGCUCCAUGUGCACCAGAGAAUCCACACAGGAGAGAAGCCAUUUGAAUGCUCAGACUGCGGCAAGAGCUUCACUUGCAGUUCGGGUCUCAUCAGACAUCAGAGGACUCACACGGGAGAAAAACCUUAUCAGUGCUCAGACUGUGGGAAAAGGUUCAACCUGAGUUCAAAUCUCCUCACACACCAGAAAACUCAUAGAGGGGAGAAACCCUACAAAUGUGUGUACUGUGGGGAAAGUUUCUAUACAAGACCAAAUUUUGUUGACCAUCAUAAAGCCAACCACGUAGAUGCUAUAAAUGUGAACACAGACACCGGUAGCAUUAAACAGAACUCCCAGUUGAUUAACUACCAAAUAAAUUACGUAGGAUGGAUGGGAUGGGGCCGCCUCACCGGGGAGCAUGUGGAAGCGUCAGGGCGGCUCUUCUUGAGCCAGCCCAAUUCAGAACGCCUCCCAGCUGCCCCAAUCUGCUCAUCUGUUAUCAGCCCAUGUUUCAGGUAUCAACUUAGAUGGGUUCUCAUGAAACCUCUCGCCUCCUGGCAUGCCCCAAAGCAGUGUAAACAGCAUAGACGGUGUAACUCCAGAUCAAGGGAGAUGGCUGCCUUGGAAACGGGAGAGGUAAGAAGGUACCUGUCUUAUCCAAGAGGACCAAGAAAAGAAGCUGAUAAAGAACAAGGAAGAAAGGAAGAACUUCUGAAGCAGACAGAAGCCGAGAUGCAAAAAAUCAUCCAGGAAUGGAAAACACUCUGUGGGUUCCUGGAGGAACAGAAGCAGCUUCUCUUGAGGUGGCUGGAAGGCUUAGCAGGAGAUGUUGUCAAGGAAAUUGAGACAACCUUGUCCACAGUCUCCGUGGAAACUCCCCUGCUCUGCCAGAGGGAAGGAGAGAAGGCACCACUUCAGUUCCCGGAGUCUUCUUCUAGUCCCAAAAGCAAGGAAGAAGUUGAACCUCCAAAGAGGGAUGACGACUUCCUAGAAUUGGAGCUGAAGCUUAGCUAUUUCUCUGAACGAAGAGCCAUCUUGGAGGGGGUGCUGAGCAGUUUCAAAGAGUCACUGCGACUGGAACUGGAGAACCUUCCAGUUUUUCGGUUUCUUCCCAUGUCAGACUCCAGAGCACAAUCCCCACUUUGUUUGAGAAUGUCCAGCCCUAAACAGCCUGGAAUAGAAACCAAUGCAGCAGAACUGGUUCAGGGCCUGCUGAGGUUUGAGGACGUAGCUGUGAAUUUCUCAGAUGGGGAGUGGGCCCUCCUUGAACCCCCUCAGCGAGCUCUCUACAGGGAUGUCAUGCAGGAGAACUACGAGAGUAUGACCUCACUGGUCUUGGCCAUCAUGAAACCUGAUGUGAUCUCUCAGCUGGAACAAGUGGGUGAGCCAUGGAUAGAGGACCUACACUCUUGUAGGCAAAACACAGAAAUUUUGGUCACAACAAAGCUGGAUAUCUUGCCUUGUCCGGAGCACGGGGGUGAACUGAUGGCUGAGGAUCUGUGUGCUUUGAAGGAAUGCGGCAGGGAGCCCACAGGUACUGAGCAGUUAAGAGACAGCAACAAGGAGAAUCUACAGCUGGAGGAUUUUGAGCUUGUAGGCUCACACUGGGCACUGUUGAGGAGGGCUGAGGAAACUGCACCCCAAUCCCACAAGGAAGAAGCUCCUGAAAAUCAGCUAGGAUCAGAGAAACUGGAGGCAAGCCCCAUCGUGGAGAGACUGGAGGAGCCCAUAAUUUUUAUGAGCAAGAUUGUGGGUACUGCAGGUUCAGGACAGGAGCCCCAGGCAAUGUGCUCUCUGUGUGGGAAAAACUUUAAUAACCGAGCCAGUCUGGUGAGGCACCAGAGAAUCCACACAGGAGAGAAACCACACACCUGUAUAGAUUGUGGGAAAAGCUUCAGCAAGCGGUCAAAUCUCAUCACCCACCAGAGAAUCCACACGGGAGAGAAGCCGUACAGCUGCACGGAUUGUGGGAAAAGUUUCAGCUUGAGCUCCAGCCUCAGCAGGCACCGGCGGAUCCACACAGGGGAAAAGCCCUACCAGUGCCUGGUCUGUGAGAGAAGCUUCAAUCAGAAGUCCUCCCUCUUCGUUCAUGAGAGGACCCACCGGCGAGAGAAGCCGUACAAAUGCUCGGCGUGCGAGAAAAGCUACAGUCAUGUCCCCAGCCUGAUGGCGCAUGAGAAACUCCACCGGGAAGAGAAGCCAUACAAAUGCGCCGAGUGUGGGAAAAGGUUCAGCUUCAGCUCACAGCUCAUCACGCACCAGAGGAUCCACGUGGCGGAGAAGCCGUACAAGUGUUUGGUGUGCGACAGGGGGUUCAGCCGCUCCUCCAGCCUCGUAGUGCACGAGCGGAUCCACACGGGAGAGAAGCCGUACAAGUGCGCGGACUGCGAGAAAAGCUUCCCUUCCAACUCGAGCCUGGUGAGGCACCAGCUGACCCACUCGGAAGAGAAGCUGGGUGCCUGCUCAGACUGUGGGAAAAGCUUCGCUGUCCGUUCCGGCCUUCAGAGAAUAUGGGCAGGAGGUAAACUGCCUCAGUGCAAAGAGUGUGAGAAACGGUACAACUUGGCCUCUGCUUGUAUCUCCCAAGAGACUCCGUAUGCAGAGGAGAAACACUUCGACAAAAUGGCCAGGGGGCGAUAUUACACCAUCAAAACUAUCGAUCCCGCAGCAAUACAAACAGAGGGGACUUCCCUUCAGCAGAACUCUCAGCCUGUUCAUUAUCAGAUUAACUACAUAGAAUGGGAGUGAAACACCAAUGAAC